AUGAUUUACGAUAAGGAAUUGGUGCGCUAUAAAAACACAAACUUUCGCCACCCCAAAGGUUUGAUAACCUUUCAGCCCACCACGCCAAGGGAACAGCAACAACAGCAAGUAGGGAUAUUUGAUCGCAUGAUGCAACAUAUUAGAUACUUUACCAACAGUAUACAUGGUGUGAGUUACAUUUGGGAGUCGGAUGUUCCUUUUAAAGUGCGCUUGUUUUGGGUGUUGGUGGUAAUUGCGGCCGUUAUCACUUGCAUUAUCAUGUACAUGUCAUUGGCGAGUCGCCACAAUAAACAGCAAAUUAAAACUGUGGUGGAGACAUCACAAAUGCCCAUAUAUAGGAUUAAUUUCCCUGCUGUGGCCUUAUGUCCCUGGGAUCAUGUCAAUUGGCUGCGUUACAAAGCGGCCGAGGAAAAGUUUCUACCUCCCUAUCCCGAUAAGCAGUUGAGAGCUGUUUUCUAUGAUGUAUUGCUGUCAAUGGAUGACAUGAAUCUGUCGAGACUAGAUCGUUUGGCAUUGCUGAAAAACCAUACGAUACCACGAAUCAUAGACGAGAUAUCGCUUGACGAUUUGGCAAAUUUUAUGGCAUUUCGUUGUGAUGAAUUGUUUGUGGAGUGUGUCUUUGAUGAGACGACUUAUGAUUGCUGUAAGAUUUUUGUGGCCGAGCGCACUGAGAAGGGAAUUUGUAUGGUAUUCAAUUCAAUGGUGUCGGAGGAGUCGACAAAGAAAAAGAUUACCGACGCUUUCUAUCCUUGGAAAAUUCGCAAGGCAGGAGAAGGUUCUGGUCUUCAAUUUACACUUCGUUACAAUAAAACCUAUCAAAGACAACAACCAGGCAUAGCGGCAUUUGGAAUCGAUGUAAUGAUUAAAGAGUCCGACGAAUGGAGUGAGUCACUCACACAUUUCUUUUUACCAAACACCAAAAGUUAUUUGGCCAUAACACCCACAAUUACCGAAACCUCUACGAAUACAAGGCGCUUGAGUCCUCGUAGAAGAAGGUGUCUAUUUGCGGAUGAAAAAUCCAAACGUUAUGAUCGUAUCGAGCGUCUACCAUUUAAUAAAUUAAAUUGUUAUGUUAAAUGUCAACAAAAGAACUUGAUAAAAAUCUGCAAUUGCACUUUGACCUGGUUCUUUCCGAAAAUAAAUAAAAGGGAAUGUACAGUGUCGGAUUUUCAGUGUAUAUACGAAAAUAGAGACAUAUUUAGUUACAUUAAAAGUCCUUUUCAAGAUGAAUAUAUAAUGGAUUCCCGCCGAGGCGUUCUCUGUGAUUGUGUGGACAAUUGUUAUUCUUUGGUUUUCCUCAUCAGUUUAAAUUCCAACAUUGUGCCCAAUCCUAACGAGAGCUAUCCUCUAAUACAAGGUGACAUUUAUAUUGGCCAGGGAGUGAUAACGAAAUAUGAAGCUCGCUUGGAUUAUACCGUAUUUGAUCUUAUAGCUCAGUUUGGUGGCAUAUUGGGUCUAUCGUUGGGUGCCUCCGUCCUAAGUUUGGCUGAAGUUGUUUAUGCUGGCCUCAAGAUUAUAGUGAUUUUAAUCAUAAAAAGACGUUCACAGGGCAGAAAAAUCAAGCCGAAACAAAAGGGCAAAUUACAUAAGAAAUAA